GGCUGGGGGCGGGGUUUGCCUGUGGCUCCUCCCUCGUCCCCUCCAAUCUCGGGGUUGGGGAGAGGGUCGUAGCAUCCAGGGAGGUAGUCCUGAUCCAGGGGCUACUCCGGAAACACUCCGGGGUGCCUCGGUUCGAUCCUGACCGAGGAGACCACCCCUCCCCGGGCCUCCAGCAGUCUUCGUUGGCGAGAAAUUCGAGCCAAGCCUCUUCCGUCUCCCCGGACCCGGAGCCUUGGAGCGCUUGAAGUCUGUCCCAAACUGGUCUCAAUGUAUCCCCACCUUGGUGGCCUCCUUUCCCCAGCUGCCUGCCCGCUGCCAUGCCGACUCUACUGCCCCUACUGCCCCUGCUGCCGCUGCGCCUGUGCCAUUUGUGGUCCCACGGCCCUCCAGUUCGGUUUUUCUCGGCGGCCGCAAGGCAGCGGUCUGGCCCAAGUAAUUAUUAUGAACUGCUGGGCGUGCAUCCUAGUGCCAGUGCGGAAGAAGUUAAACGAGCUUUUUUCACCAAGUCCAAAGAGCUUCACCCUGACAGAGACCCUGGGAACCCAGCCCUGCACAGCCGCUUUGUAGAGCUGAAUGAGGCUUACCAUGUACUCAGCCAUGAAGAGAGCCGCCGCAGCUAUGACAGCCAGCUCCACUCAGCCAGCCCCCCAAAAUCUCCAGGGACCACGGCCUAUACAAGGUCUGCCAGGCAAACAUACAGCAGCUCCUGGGCACCUCCCAAUGAACAAUACUGGGCCCAGUUUCAUGGCGUGAGGUCACAGGGGCCUGAGUCACGGCAGCAGCAGCAGAAACACAAUCAGCGGGUGCUGGGGUACUGCGUCUUGCUCAUGCUUGCAGGCAUGGGCCUGCACUACAUCGCCUUCAGGAAGUUGGAGCAGAUACACCGCAGCUUCAUGGAUGAAAAGGACCGGAUCAUCACUGCCAUCUAUAACGACACAAGGGCGCGGGCCAGGGCCAACCGAGCGAGGCUCCUGCAGGAGCAGCACCGGGGGCUGAAGCUUUCGCCACCACCCUCCCCGGCUUCUCCAGAGGCUGGGCUCGUGCCCCCUGACGCCAGCCCCUGAGGGGCUCUCCAGACCUUGCUGACGCCCCAGCCUGCCCCACUCCCCAUGGUGCAUGCAAUAAAGCGGUUCCUAGA